UAACUCUUGUUUACAAGCAUUGUGUUUUUAAAUCCCCUUGCUUCGCGAAAACCCGAAUUUUAUCAAAUAAAUGUGAACAUUUUAUCAAAGAGUUAUAGAUAUGUCAGCUUCUACAGAAGAUAUGUCAGCUUCUAAUGAUGGGAAUCAAGUUAAUGAAAGUUCUAGACCUCAGACAGUCUCACUUACCAAGCUACGCAAGGACAACAAUAAUAGUGAGGAUGAAACAAGCAUUGGGGAUGUAUUUUUUUCAAAGGUCAAUGUUUCUCCUGGUGAAAAUAAUGACAACACAACACAUAAUGUUCACAAUGCCGACAACAGUGUAGAUAGUAAUCCUAAAAGCAAUGACAAUAGUCCAAAACUACGUCCCAAAACUGUGAUAAAGCAGCGAACAGAUGGCUACCAGCAACGCCUUGUUAAUAUUGGAGCUACUCAAAACCAAACUGUGUCACCUAAACCAAAGUCCGAGAAUUGCUACAUUUGUGGAAAAGAAUUCUUGCUAACUUCACUAAAAAUCCACGAGAAGCAAUGUGCAAAGAAACAGGAAAAGGCUUUAAAAACAAAUGCAGUCCCAAACAAAUCAAAAAUCUCAAAGAAACCACAAUUAGAGGCUUGUUACUUAUGUGGCAAAGAUUUUUUUGUACAUUCUUUAGGCAUUCAUGAAACACAAUGUAUAAAGAAUUGGAAAGCUAAUAAAACCCCAGAUGCAAAUGAUCAAACUGUAUCAGAAAGAACUAUCAUGAAAGAUCAAGGAAAACCUCACAAUGUUUUGCCCAAGGAUGUGAGAUCUGACAAGGUAGAAAAAUCAGCAAUGGAAAAUAGUAGCUUGGAGGAUGGAACAGAAGAUAAUGUAAGUCCACAGAAGGCUUUGAAAAGUGAUUCAGAAAAGGCUAAAAAUAAUCCAGCUAGUCCUAAACCAAUGCAGUCAAAACCAAGUCCAUGUUAUUUAUGUGGUGUUGCAUUCCUGCCACACUCUUUGAAAUUACAUGAAAAGAAGUGCAGAGAGAAAUCUGAAGAUAAUGGAAGUUUCCAAGAAGAUACUGUUGAAAAGGAUACACUGUCAGAAGAAGUUUUUGACAGGUUGACAAUUGAAACUGUGGUACAACAAAACAUUGGUACAAAUAGCUCUUCAGAUGAGGCAAAUAAUCCCUCCCAAACUUGUAUUUCUAAGAAACCUAUGACUGUUAUUUGUUACAUAUGUGGGAAGGAGUUCCUAAAAUCAUCAUAUCCAUUCCAUGAAAAAAAGUGCUCUAGCAAUAACAAAGAAAGUCAAACUACAAAAGUUGAUACACCAGAAAAAAAGCAAGUCACUAACCGUCCAAACUCUAUGAAACCUAAAACAGUUGUUUGUUAUAUUUGUGGAGAAGACGUCCUAAAGUCCUCUUAUCAAUUCCAUCAAAAGAAAUGUACAAAUAAGGUGGAAAAUUUAAAAGAAAAAGAAGUAACUCCUGAUCAGGUUACAACUAAAGCCAUCCCAAAUAGAGUUAGAAAUUAUCAGAAACCUAGAACAAUUACUUGUGGCAUUUGUGGCCAGGAAUUCCUAAAAUCAUCAUUUGCUUUUCAUGAAAAACAAUGUAGCAAGAACAAGAUGGGUGAUCCUGUGCCUGAGAAUGAAAAAUUAAAAUUAAAAGAAAGUAUUGCUAACAAAGAACAUCAAGGCCCUAGUGAAGAAGAAAGACCAGAAACCCCACGUCGAAGAAAACCAAAGAGCAAAGCAUGCUAUAUUUGUGGAAAGGAAAUAUUAAUAUCUUCAUCAAAAGUUCAUGAAGAACAAUGUCAAAAGAAAACUGACAUAUUAAAAAACAUCAACCAACAGAAAUCACCUCAAAUAUCAAACAAAAAAGUAGGCAGACAAAGUGGGGAAGCAAAAUUCAAGGCUGAGUCAAAACCAAAGACAGAGUUGUGUUAUAUUUGUGGUGAAAGCUUCUUAACAAGUUCCAUAAAAGUCCAUGAAGCUCAAUGUAAGAAGAGAUGGAAUGAAUAUGCAUAAACCAAAAGAUAAUUCAACAUGUUGAAAAUGUUAAAAUGACUAAAUUAUAUUUAAAAAUAUUACUUCUAGGCCACUAUU